AUUGAAUAUACGCUUUUUGUUCCCACGUUCAUGAAUGCCAGGAUAUGGUUUCAUGAUGUUCUCCGUUAGCGCGAAAGCACUGUCACCUACAAUUACAUACGGCAUUUCUGUUCCGCCUUGUGUUAUUGGUUCAGGCCGUGGCAGUUUAAGUAGAUGAAAACAAUGCACUUGAAAGUGGUAUGGAGUCAGAGCCAUCUCAAUCACCAAGGCCGAAUGCUACAACAUCUACAUCUUCGAGGAAAAGAAAUAAGACAGAUGAAUCAAAUGAAAUAUUAGAGGUUUUGAAAAGUGCUAAAAAAAAGAUGGAUGAAAGGGAGAAGAAGGAUCCAUUUGAUAUAUAUGGUGAAUAUAUUGCUGCUGAAUUAAGAAGUGUUAAAGAUGACCAAGCCGUGACACAGGCAAAGUACCAUAUUAAUAAUAUACUGUAUGAAUUAAAAAUGGGACGAUAUAAUACAUAUGGAUAUCAAACGGCAUCUUCUCAUCCAUCAUCAACACCAAAUAAUGUUCAGGAAACUGAAAUAAGGGAAAUUGAGAGACACGAAACAAAUAGACUAGAUGCAUUACGAGACGAAACAGAAGAUUCGGCUAUACUAAACUUAGUUAACUAUCUCAGUGAUGAAUCAACGCAAUAGCAUACACUGUUUUUUUUUUUUGUGUUUUUUAAUUAAUAAAAUACUUGAUUACACAAA